UUACUGAAAACACAAUUUACGAAAAUAAAUUUUUUGAAAAAUUUGAUAAAAAUUGAAGUCGCUGAACCGGUUCAUUGCAAAGCGCACAGGCGAGAUAAAGCGAAAGCAAAAACAAAAAAUAAACAAAUCGUAAAAUACAUUAUUGCAAGCGUCGUCAAAACAACAACAUAUGUAUAUAUCGCUCAAUCUCUUAAAUGUGCAGAGGCGGUGACGCGUAUACGGUAGCCGCAACUACAACAACGACAACAAUAUCAACAGCGACAUAUGUAUCUCUCUACAAAAAGCCCACAAAGUGACAAGCGCUUCACACAACCGGCAGUCGCAUAGUAGCGCCGCGACACCCAAAGAUUGCAGACGCGUUUUGCUCUAGAGUCAGCCAACAGCGAACAAAUUAAAAGUGUUACAGGCGUUGAAGAGAAUAGACGUCCAGUGUUCAGCUUAACAAAACCAAUAAGAAAAAAUUGUGUGUGUUCCAACAUUAACAGUAAAAUAAUUGUGAAGUAAUCUCAAGUUUACAAAAAGUGCACGGAUCCAUAUUUAUUAGCGCUCCCCAAAGGACCCACUGUGACUAUAUAAAUUUAAAAACAAAAUUAUUUGAGUGUUUUUUGUGUGCUUGCAAUUCAAAUAUUUGUGUUAAAAUGCUGCGCCAUUUGAUGCGUUCCGUGAUCUUCGCACAGCCCGUGCAGUCAUCCGCGGUGGUCGUUUCAGUCGGCGCGCGCCAGUUGAGCACGGCCGCCACCAGACAGCCGACGCAACAGGAUAAACUUGUGUUUUACAGCGAGGAGGAAGGCUACAUCAGGCUGUCGCCGUUCGAUCCCAUCGAACCGGUCAAUUUGACGGUGGACAAAUAUGUGUGGCGCGAUUUCAAGAAGUUCGAAAAGGACACAGCGACGGUUUGCAUCGUCAGCGGUCGCCAAUAUACUUACGCCCAGUUGCGCGACAACAGCGCCGCCUUUGCCGUACGUCUGCAGACGAAAUUCAAACUUGGCUGCGGUGACAUCAUCGCAAUUUGCCUGCCAAACUUGCCGGAGUAUCCGAUUGCCACAUUGGGCGCCAUCGAAGCGGGUCUAACGGUGACCACGGUGAAUCCGAUCUACACAGCAGAGGAAAUUUGCCGCCAACUGAAGCUAAGCGAUAGCAAGUUUGUUGUGACCACUACUCUCGGCUAUGGCGUCAUCAAAGAAGCCUGCGAGUUGGCACAAAAGAAUCUACCCAUCGCCGUCAUACGUUCUCAACCGAACGAGAAGCUGCCCGCCGGUGCCAUAGACUUCUUCGAACUAAUUAGUCCACGAGGUGUGGACUACUCGCAGUUGAAGGACUACAACCUCGAUCCCGAGAGCGUGGCAUUCCUGCCUUUCUCCUCCGGUACCACCGGAUUUCCGAAAGCCGUGAUGCUCUCACACAACAACAUGACGGUUAAUGGUGAGCAGAUGGAAAUCCCCUUCGGUUUCAGACAAUCCGGCAGACAGGAGGUCUUGCCCGCCGUUUUGCCAUUCUUCCACAUUUACGGCCUGAAUAUCGUUAUGCUGUCGAAGCUAUCGGUUGGCGCUAAGUUAGUCACACUGCCACAAUUCCGUCCGGACGAUCUAGUAAAAGCCUUGAGUGAGCACAAGUCUACGAUGGUGAACGUCGUACCGCCGAUGGCACUCUUUAUGACCAAUUACCCGAAGUUGACGCAAGAUAUGGUGUCCAAUCUGAAGUAUGUGUUCAUCGGCGCAGCGCCAACAGCCGAAAGCGACAUACAGCGUUUCCUCAAGAAGUUCCCGCAGACGACCUUCGUGCAGGGCUUCGGCAUGACCGAAACAUCACCGCUCGUGCUGCUGGUGCCGCCGAAAAAUGUUCGGCUGGCCUCCACCGGUGCGCCCGUCUCGAGCACCGAAGCUAAAAUCAUUGCCAUCGCCUCGGAAUGCCACAAGGGCUUGGGACCCAACACCACCGGCGAGAUUUGCGUACGAGGCCCACAGAUUAUGAAGGGAUAUCUGAACAACGACGAAGCCAAUGCGGACAUCUUCCUACCAAACGGUUGGCUGCGCACCGGCGACGUUGGUCACUACGACGAAGACGGCUACUUCUACAUCACCGACCGCAUCAAAGAGCUCAUUAAAGUGAAGGGCUUCCAAGUGCCACCGGCCGAAUUGGAGGGUAUACUCCGUGAACACCCGAAGAUCCUUGAGGCUGCGGUCAUUCCGCGUCCUGACGAAGUGGCCGGCGAACUGCCACGCGCCGUUGUUGUGCUGCGCGAGGGCACGAAAGCCACAGAGGAGGAGAUCUACAACUAUGUGGCCGAGCGCGUGGCUGAGUAUAAGAGACUGGACGGUGGUAUUGUGUUCACCAAUGAAAUACCCAAGAGCUUGACGGGGAAAAUAUUGCGCAAACAAGUGCGUGAAGCCUACACCAGCUAGAUGACGGUUUUGGCUGAGUUUGGGAAAAGUGGAUUAUUUUUUAGAGAUGUAAUUUUAUUUGGACAAACUGUUAGGGACACUUCGGUAGUGGAAUGUUUGCGCAAAGCCGACAAUGGGGUUGCGCAAACUGUCGCUAAACGGAAAGUUGAUAGUGAUCUGUUGCAUUUCAUAGUUUAUAAGUUCCGUUAGUAUAGCUGUAGUUCUACAAACACAUUCAGCUUCAGCUGAGAAUUGGCUUCCAAGGACGAACAGGUUCAAAAGAAACGCGGAUAAUUAAGCACUAAAGUGUUUCUGUUGUAUGUAUGUCUCGGUGUUUUGUUGUAAGCAAAUUAUUUUUAUUUAUUUUAUUAAGUCUCAGACAACUGUACAAGAACUGUUAUAGUUCUGAAUUUAUAAUAUUAUUGACGACUAACUAAACUAGUGUGUAUUAGUGGAAAAGUGUUGAACUUAUGCAAAAUUUUGGAAUAGUAUUAAAGCCCUUUUCAUACAAAAGCGAAAA